UCCUGUAUCGUGAUAUUUAUGUUGGCAGCAUGGUUUAAACUCGGAUCUGUCAUAAUAAGUUUGAAGAGGUUAUUUACUCUAUGAUUCAAUGUAUGAUAAUCGAUUUUGUGCUGUAAAUACUCUGCUUCAUUCAUAUGAUUUAAGUGAUAUUGAUAAUAAUAGAGCGCUAAUAUCAGAACGUAUUAUGAAAAAUCGUUGUGUACUUACGAUUUAUUCAGUAUAAUACGUAAUUCUUUAUAAUAAAGAAGUGCUAACCACGCGUGUUUAAGAAGGUGUCGUGCAUGAAGUGGUAAUUGUUACUUGCAACUGUAUGUACAAGUGAGAUUUUUCGAUGAUCAUUUGGUUAAAAUGAGUGUGAAGACAUUUAGUUCAGUCGCAGAGGAGUAUUUUUACAGUAUCAAUUCUUUGGCUCAAAGGAUCGGAGAAGAUGUAGCUGCCACAAAAGAAGCCUAUGAAGGGCUGUGGAGCACUUUGAGCACCGCAGAACGCAACCAAGCUAUAGAUGAAACAAUAAUCCAACCCGAAGUAGCAUUGAAGUAUACUUUGAAGAAUGCUGAAGCUCCACAAGAUUUACCAGAAUAUUAUCCAAAACUAUGCAUUCAAACAGGAAUGAAAUAUGUUAUAGAUGAUACCGGUUCAACUUUACGUUGGAGAGACGAGCAUUCUGCACCCUUCUCAUUCAUGACGCAGUCUCAAAUGAAUCUUUCAUAUUCAGAUUCAUCUGAAGAUGUAAAAUCUAUGCCUUUAAGAAACUAUGCCAAUGAUUCACCACUUUUCUCAGGACCCCUGCAGAUGCAAGAGAUUAGCGAUAGUUCAAUAACUGAUAACUAUUCAACAUCUGAAAACCUUAAUUUCUAUGAGUCUGAAAAUUUCUCAGAAAAUGUAUUUGUAAGCGGAGAACAUGGCACUCUCUUAGCUGCUGCGAUUGACAAUGAUAACUCGGAAAACAUCUUUGCCAAAUUUAUAAAUAAGACAUCAUUAUUAAAGAUACAGAACAAGCUCGAUGAUGAUAUGGAAACAUUAGUUCCGUUAAAGACUGGUAUGGCCAAGAGUUCACAGAAGAACAUAAACAAUGAUAAAAAUCAAAUGAAUAUUAGUCUUAUGUCUACAAGACUCAAGUCAGAUGAAAUUGACGAGUCCACUGCCCUGUUAGAGACUCCUAGUUCCUACAGUAGCUUCCAAUCUUCACAACUGAAUCAAGAAGAAGAAAUCCCAAAGACAGGUUUUGAAUUUUUAGAUAAUUGGUAAAUGCGUUUCUACGAUCACACAGUUAAAACCUGGUACAUUUUCCUUCCUUUGUGCAGUGUAUCUUCUUCCUUAACUGCAAAAUUAUCAAAUAAUUUAGCAUGGAUUAGUAACAAGACUUGUACAUGUUUCCUUUUAUAUUUUUUUAUCAAUUUGAAUGUUUAAAUUUGGAUGCUUUUAUAUAUUAAUUCUAAAAUAAUUGAAUGAGGAUCUGCUCAGUAUUAUUUCAGAGAUUAUGUAAGCAUUUAGCUGCGUAAUUGUUUGCAGUACAUCCAGUUUAUAUUACAACUUGAAUAAGAGAAGUCAUUUCGUUCCUACAAAUAACCCUUUAGGAACUGUCAUUAUUGAGUGCAAGUAUAUUAUUCGUAUAUAAGUUUAUUUUCAAAUUAAGGAUUCCACCUAAUUUCAACAUUAAAAAUAUUAAAUGCAGUAUACUGAAAUUAAAUAUAAUGCAUAUACGAAAAUGGUGCUUAAGGGGUUUAAUUAUCUAUAUCACAAGAAAUAGUAAUGUUGGUAAUGAAGCCUGUACUUUUUAUAUGUCGUUUAUAUUUGCAAGAGAUUUGACUUGUAAUCAGUGCAUGUUUAAUUCUUUCAGACUGGAUAGAUUUUUAAUGAUUUAUUGUAAAGAUUCUUUAUUUUCAGUAACUUAUUUGAGAGGUACUUUUAUAAAGUUAAAUGGAAUCCAGAACUUUGUCACUUGAACGUUUGUCAGAAAUUUAAUCCUAGUCAAAAAGAAAAUAUGACAACACGUUUAUGGACAAAUUGGUCUACUAGUUACGUAAAUGUCUUGAACAUGUAUCAGUAUCGAUUAGUAAAAUUUGUAUGAGCAUAUAGUCUAUGAGAAAGCUUUUCCCAUGAACUAUUCCAUGAUAUUUUCCUAGUAUCGCUUUACUUAUAUAGGCUCUUCAACGCACACAUUGACUAGACGUAAGUUAGGCAAUAAAGAAAAAGAAACUCCUUUUUCUUUCGUAUGGAAGGCUGAUCGUACAUUUAAUAUCCUUAAGAAUAUAUUCCAAUGUUCUCCGUAAAAAAUGUGUACAGUGAUUCAGAUUGUGUGUAUUGAAUGUAUUCAGCAAAAAAGACGAUAAUAUAUUUAUGAAUUUA